AUGACCAAAGACCAACUUGAAAUCACCGAACUCACGGCCGGGGAGAUUGUGAAAUGUCUUGAAUCUCGCGAGUGGAAAGCAGUUCAGGUCUUAGACGCCUUUGCCGCUCGGGCUGCCAUUGCUCAUCAGCUGGUGAAUUGCCUCACUGAUUGGUUUUUUGAAGAUGGUCUCUGGCAGGCGAAAGAGCUUGACGAGUUUCUUGCCAAGGGUGGGAAAUUGAAAGGGCCAUUGCAUGGUGUUCCUGUGGCUCUCAAGGACUCCCAUGAGCUUGAGGGCCAUGCUUCAACAAUGGGCUACGUUGCAAGGAAGAACAAUAUCGCCAAGCGGGACUCUGCUCUUAUAGCAACAUUGCGAGACGCUGGUGCAGUCUUUUUCUGCAAAACAACGAUGCCUCAGUCAGGUAUGGCCCUAGAGACAGUCAGUAAUCUCUGGGGCCGCACUGUAAGCCCGUUCAACAGAGACUUGGGUGCCGGCGGUAGCUCGGGAGGAGAUGCAACUUUAGUAGCUCUGAGAGGCUGUCCCAUAGCCCCCUCGACUGAUAUGGGGGGAUCUAUCCGCGUACCGGCUGCCUUCAACGGGCUAUAUGGUAUCCGACCAACUUCGGAUCGCAUACCCAAGGGUGACAUGCAAAACACUAACACCGGGAAUCAUACGAUAAAACUGUCUUGUGGGCCUGUGUGCCACUCUCUCGACGACCUUGAGUUAUUAACUAGAAUAAUUAAUGCGCACCCGAACAACAAAUACGAUGUGACUUCCGCGCCUGUCCCCUGGAGAAAUCUGGAUUCUCUAGACCGCAAACUCACGAUCGGAAUAUUGAGGUGGGACGGAGCCGUAAUGCCUCAUCCACCAGUAUUACGAUCUCUAGAACACUGUAAACAGACACUGGAAAAGGCCGGACAUGAAGUCCUUACAUUUGAGCUACCUUUUGAUGCCUGGGAUGCUAUGCAACUUACAUUCGAUAUUUAUUACCUGUCAGGGUCUCACGGGACUAGGUCGACUCUGGCAGCUUCUGGGGAGCCUAUCAUGCCAGCUUUUGCUGAUCUGCUCAGAGUUUUCAACCCCCGAGAGCACUCUGCUGGAGAAGCUUUACAAUUGAACCUCAAAACGAGAACCCUCAAAGAGCAAUUCGCGGAGGGAUGGAACAAUACAGUCGGUCCCUUGGGCCAUACUAUCGAUGCACUAAUAGUGCCCCCAGCGCCUGCAGUGGGCUAUCCUCAUGACUUCAACAUCUAUUGGGGUUAUACCUCGUUGUUCAAUCUUCUUGACUAUCCUUCGGUCAUCUUACCAAUUCCCAACUUCAAGGUGGAUCCUCAGCUAGACCCCGUGGACGACAACUACCGACCGUCGGAAAGGAAUCCCUACGACAAGCCCAAUUAUGAAUUGUAUGAUCCGGAGCUGUUUGCAAACCAACCAUCCACUGUUCAAAUCGUAGGGCGCCCCUUCGAGGACGAAGAAACCAUUCGAGUAGGGUCGGUACUAGAUACAUUGUUCAGGGCUCCUUAA